UAUGUGAACGUAUUAAUAAGUUACGUUGUACAAAGAAUCGACAGUCUCGUGAGACCUGUUGCGCAAGGAACCGCGUGGUUAAAGCCCAAAUGUGUGGCCAUAGAAAAAAGUAAAUGAUUCGACUAAAAAUAGUAUGCUUAACGCUCUAUGUUGUGCUUUGCUAUUUCCAAGCACAAGGAGCCGAUAAAUACACCGAUGGAAACCGGCCCUAUGAGUUCGGGUUCACGAUUGAUGGAGAGCAGCAUAGACAUGAAAAGAAAGACGAAAAUGGCAUAAUUAUGGGAGAGUUCGGUUUCAUUACCGCUGACGGUGUCUAUCACGUAACUGUGUACGCGACAGACGAAAACGGAAACUUCAAAAUAAUAUCUAUGAAGAAUAUUCGAGUUAAACCUUAUCCUACUGCCCCCGAUACUCGGAGCUCUGCGGAGAGAAAAGGACACUCGCUUGCCCUCCCGCCGUCGCAAAAAUUGUCGAUACCAGACACUUCUACUAAAACUCAGCCAACCAAUCGAGAACUUAGUUCAUCUUUACAAGCGUGCUCUCAUUGCAAAUUGCUCACAACUACUACUACAACAACUCCCCGACCAAAAUUAACCAGUUCAGCAGUUUCACUUACAAAUAAUAACUAUGUCAAACAGUUGCAAACAGGGGGAAACCCGCAAUUCGCUAGUAACUCUCAGGAAAAUUCACAAAAAUACAACAAUCAACAAGUUAAUUCACAAUAUGGAAAUUCACUUGCACGUCAACAAUCACAACAACCAAAUUUUGAACAAAACUAUCAACAGGGGGCUAUUUCAAGUCAACCUGAGCAGAAUAUUCCUAAUCCUGGUCUAAGUUAUCCGAAUCAAGCAGUCAACGUUAUUAAUCAAGAUCAAUUUUCACAAAAUGGACCUAGUCAGCAAAAUUAUCAAGACGAUUUUAAUGUAGGACGAAAAUAUUUGCAAAAGGCACAAGGUCAACAACAAUCUAGCGUAGGUCCAAAUUCUUUAUUACAAACUAAUGCAGGACUAAAUCAUCAACAAGAAUUUAAUGCAGAACAACAACAACAGCAAGGAAUAAUCGACGGGCAAUAUAAUUUACAACCUCCUUACCACAAUAAUCAGCAAUUUUCAAGUUCUCCUCAAAGUUAUCCACAGCAAGCAGACACAAAAGUUCAAGAUUCUGGCACGCCUAAAUUAGAACAUAACUAUCCAAGUUUUAACACAGAACACAAAAAUGGUCAAGGGUCAUUUACAAAAGACAAUCAAUAUAUUCAAAAGGAAAGUUACCAAAAUAAACCCAGAAUUCUUGGUCAGACAAUUGAUGCUCCAAUUCAAGGAAUAAUUCCAGGAGAUAGAGUGCCGAAAACCUUUACAGAUAUUUUACAAGCGGUUAAUCCAGAACAAUAUUAUAAAUCUACUCCAUCUAAUUCGUAUGCAUCAUCCCAACAAAACAUUGGAAAACCAGUUCUCGUGGCUGCCCAAAUGCAAGUAGUGGACAAAAAUACAAAUAUUUAUCAGAAAAAUCCAGGAGAGAACGAAGGCUUGCCAAAAGGCUUAACAAAAACUGAUAUGACCGAACUUUUAUAUACCUUCAAUUAUACAAUAGGAUUUCACAGUCACCACGAAGAAGGAUACAAGAGUGGAGCGAAAAUUGGAUACUAUUAUGUAACAGGAAGAAAUGGUAUUAGAACAAGAGUGGAUUAUACAGCAGAUGAAACGGGAUUCCAUCCACGAAUUUCUCAGGAAGUUCUAGAUAUACAAUCUGAUGAAGUUCCAAAGCCUGAGACGGAAAAAGAUGAUAAAUAUGGUCUUAAAGGCUAUGAAUUUAAAUGGCUUUACUAUCCAAUUGACUCAAAAUAAAAUCAAAGUAGGUAGGUAUACAGAGACUUUUUAAAAUCUAUAAUAUAGGUAGGUAUGCAAAAAUUAUUUUUAUUAAACACUGCCAUGUCAACUUUUAAUUUUAAAAUUAUAUUUAUAAUAAAUGAAAUACAAAAUUUUAUUCUAGUAAGUAAAUAAAGCGUAAUGAGAAAAGACUUGCAAUAUUUUCUUCAAGCGGCGACAGUCAUGUCAGAAGUACGAUUAGUAUCAUUGAUUUUGGAAGGGCCACUUUUCUGUGAUUAGUAGUACAUCUACGGUAAACCGUGCUUUUGCCGUGACAAUAGUUGAUUAUAGAUCAAAUUAUGGCUAGUCUUUUCUCAAAAUUUUAGCAUUUAUGUGUCCUACAAAAUGUGAUACGUAUUUUAAUUUAGGUUCUGAAUUGAAAAAUAAACAUACACAACGCCA